CUGGGACAGCUGCACCCGGAGACCCCUGUCCCUUUGCCAUCUCCGGGUCUGCGGUGUACUGGGGUGGGGUCUUCGAGAUCCCCUAAUGGAAGGGGCGGGGGCUCCAGGACUCCUGGGACGAGGGGGGAAGCCCCGGCCCCGCUACGGGCUGCGGGACUGCUGCUGGGGCCUCUGCGCCCUGCUGGUCUUCUUCUCCGACGGCGCCACCGACCUGUGGCUGGCGGCCGACUACUACCGCCGGGGCCGCCCGCUCUCCUUCGGCCUGACGCUGCUCUUCGUGCUGCUGCCGUCGCUCGUCGUGCAGAUGCUCAGCUUCAGGUGGCUGGUCUACGACGCCGCCCCGCCCGUCUACACCGCCGGCGCCCCGCCCGCCACCACCACCGGCGUCUCCCCCGGCGUCUCCCCCGGCGGCGCCCCCGGCGGGGCGGCCCGCAGCGCCCCCGGCGGCCGAGCGGGGAGCGUCAGCACCGCGGACAGCGCGCGGCCGCCCCGCCUCCACGGCGCCCCCGGCGGCGGCGGGGCCCGGCGCACCUGCUGCCGCCUCUGCGUCUGGUUCCUGCAGUCGCUCAUCCACCUCCUGCAACUGGGCCAGGUCUGGAGGUACCUCCGGGCGAUGUACCUGGGCCUACAGAGUCGCUGGCAGGCCGAGCCCCUGGGCCGACAUUUCUACUGGCGGAUGAUGUUCGAGAGCGCCGACAUCAGCAUGCUGAGGCUCCUCGAGGCCUUCCUCAAGAGCGCGCCCCAGCUGGUCCUGCAACUCGCCAUCAUGGUCCACCAGGGCCGAGCGGGCGCCCCCCGGCCCCCGCCCCCCUGACCCCCGCUCUCCCCAGGUCUCUCGGCCUCGGCCUCGCUGGUCUCCCUGGCCUGGAUGAUCGCCUCCUACCAGAAGGUCCUCCGCGACUCUCGCGACGACAAGCGGCCCAUGUCCUACAAGGGGGCGGUGGUCCAGGUGCUGUGGCACCUCUUCACCAUCGCCGCCCGGGCCGUGGCCUUCGCCCUCUUCGCCUCCGUGUCCCGGCUCUACUUCGCCAUCUUCCUGGUGGCCCACUGGUCCCUCAUGACCCUGUGGAUCAUCCAGGGGGAGACGGACUUCUGCACCUCCAAGUGGGAGGAGGCCGUCUACAACAUGAUGGUCGGCAUCGUCUACGUCUUCUCCUGGUUCAACGUCAAGGAGGGCAGCAGCUGCUGCCGGAUGGGCGUCUACUACAGCCUGGCGCUCCUGGAGAACGCCGCCCUGACGGGCUUCUGGUACUACCACCACGGCCUCAACUCCGACUUCCAGGCCCUGCUGCUCGUCUGCGCCGUGGCCUGCUGCUUCGCGUUGGGCGUCUUCUUCAUGCUCGUCUACUACUGCCUCCUGCACCCCAACGGGCCCAUGUUCGGGGCCCGGGCGCCCGGACGGGGACCCCCCGGGGCCCCCGCCGCCGCCCCGGCCCCCGAGGCGGUCGCCGGCCCCCCGCGGCCCCCCGCCGGGCCGGAGAGGGACGGGGUCCCCGAGCCCGGGCCCGUCUUCCAGGUGAGGCCCGGUCUCCCGCUCCCGCCGGCCCCGGCCCGCCGGACAGAAGGGCCCGUGAUCCGGAUAGACCUGCCCCGGAAGAGAUAUCCGGCCUGGGACGCCCACUUCAUCGACCGCCGGCUGAGGAAGACCGUCCUGGGCCUGGAAUAUUCCUCCCCCGCCACCCCCCGUCUGCAGUAUUGCAGCAUCGGGGCCGCCCAGGAGCUCUUGGAGUACGAGACUACGGUGUAGACCCCCCUGGGUGGAGGGGGGGAGGACCAGCUGGGCCUGGUCCUCUCACGAGCCUCUGUGACAGUCGAGGAGUCGGGCCCGGGGUGGGGGGUGGGCGUUUGAGGAUGGCGCUCCCUCCCCCACGUACACACACAC